UGAUUCUCAAGAUGUUUGACUUCAGACUGAUACUUGACGCCCCUGCAACCCCCUCUGGUGAGUCUGAGCGGCGGGUAUCCUCUCUGCGUCCCUCUGCCUCCAUCAGGACGCAGAGCUCCGCCUCGGAUGCAGCUGCUGCUGUUUAUCUGAUUACCGCGAUACAAGCUGCGUCUCCUUAAAGCGACACUCCGGCUUAAUUAAUUAGACCACAGGAGAGAGGAGGAGAGAGCCGCCGACGAUGCAGAUGACGAGAGGGAGCAGCAUCCGCCGGUCGCCACCAUCUUCUCCCUGCAGGACGUCGCCGCUUCAUUUCACCGCCUCGAGGUUAUGAAACCGGCUGCAAUCUAACCCUGCAUGCCCGCAGAAAAACCUCCCAAGACCUCCCUCCUCCCUCCUCGGCUCUUCAUUCUGCGAUUCAUGGACUGUCAGUGCGUCACACUCGUUCUCCCUGCGCCUUUUUUCCGCAGACGCGUCGUCACCUCCUUGCCUCGUAUUUAGGUUAUGAAAUCGGCUGCAAUAACGCGGCCUCCCGCUCCUCAGUCCCGCUCCGCACACGGACUCUGUAGCCUUCAUGUCCUCUGUUGAAAGCGUCCCUAAAUCCGCCGUUUGCGCGUCCUUGUUCGCCUGUCCGGCCUUUUGCAUCUCCGCGUUCCUGUUUGCCGCCCAUGCGUCGCCGCUGCCGCGCCACCGCCUCUACUCUUCCGCACCACAUGGACUCUGAGAUCUGCGUGAAGCGCGCGCCGUCUCCGCUCCCACGCCCUCCCUCUGCCGCGGAUGCGGUGCGCCUGGGUACUCGCUAUCUCUUCGACCUGGCCCGUCAGUGAUCCUCUGGUCCGGGGGGGCUGGUGUCCGCAGAGAGGCAGGAUGGUGCGGAUAGCCAGCGCGCUGGGGCUCGUCAUGUUCAGCGUGGCGCUGCUCAUCCUGUCGCUCAUCAGCUACGUGUCCAUCAAGAAGGACUUCCUGCUCAGCACCCCCAGAUACGGACCUAAUGGAGGACCCAGAUUGUCCAUGUUCCACGCGGGGUUUCGCGAGAGGCCACCUCGCAAACCCGAUCUGAGCUCCCAGCUGGCGAUGAAGUAUCUGGAUCCAGCUUUCACUCCUCUGACCAACUCUCUCAGCGAGGACCUGCAGAACUCCUCUAAAUGGAACUACAACAGCACUGCUUUUAUACAGCUGAAAAAGGAGAUCUCUCAGUACAUCGACAUCCCUCACAACUUCACACUGACACGAGGCUCAGUACGAAUCGGACAGCUCAUGCACUAUGACUACUCCAGCCACAAAUACGUCUUCUCUAUUGGCGAAAACUUCCGCUCGCUCCUCCCUGAGGCCUCACAGAUCAUCAACAAGCACUACAAUGUCUGCGCCGUGGUUGGCAACAGUGGGAUCCUCACCGGCUCACGCUGUGGCCCUCAGAUCGAGAAGUUUGACUUUGUCUUCCGCUGCAACUUCGCGCCGACUGAGAUCUUUAAGAAGGACGUUGGGCGACGGACCAACAUGACAACCUUUAACCCCAGUAUCCUGGAGAAAUACUACAACAAUUUACUGACUGUGCAGGACAGGAACAACUUCUUCUUGAGCCUAAAGAAGCUGGACGGUGCCAUCCUGUGGAUCCCAGCAUUUUUCUUCCACACGUCAGCCACAGUGACGAGGACACUGGUUGACUUCUUCGUGGAACAUCGAGGCCAGCUGAAGGUCCAGCUGGCCUGGCCCGGAAACAUCAUGCAGUAUGUCAACAGCUACUGGAAAACCAAGCAGCUGUCGCCAAAGCGCCUGAGUACCGGCAUCCUGAUGUACACGCUGGCGUCCUCCAUGUGCGACCAGAUCCACCUGUAUGGCUUCUGGCCCUUUGGCUGGGACCCUAACACGGGUAAGGAGCUGCCAUACCACUACUACGACAAGAAGGGCACCAAGUUCACCACCAAAUGGCAGGAGUCCCAUCAGCUGCCAGCUGAGUUCAAACUCCUCUACAAGAUGCAUACAGAGGGACUGCUGAAGCUCACCCUUUCCCACUGUGCUUAGGCCUAAAACUGCAGCAGGCACAACGCUUCUUCAAACUCUUCUCAAACGCUUCAUCAGGCCAGGGUGGUCAAGACAAGGCAGGCGAGGGAAGGAUUCAUGUGGUUUUGCCAAACGCAAAACCUUGCCUCUAAGGUUGAGCUGUUGCAAUGGCUUCUUAAACUGUCCAAGAUCCCUGAGCAAAAACCUAUAAUCCUGUGCUCAAGAAGACGAACCACAACAGCUCAAGAAUCAUGGAGUCUAUUCAUUUUCUACUGCUCAAGAAUCUAAAAAGGACCACAGGUAAUUUUUUGGAUAAGGUGACUGCAGCUAGGCAAUGUUGCUCUUCCGCAGAAUAUCACAACUUUGAAUUGCUUCAUGGUGUUUUUAUCACCCAUAACUCUCAGCACUACAGCUACAAAUCAGCAGACGGACAGUUUAAAACCAAGGUUGUGUUCAGACUGCAUUAAACAAGGCGGAUCCCUUGUUCAUUUCUAUGAGACUACUGUGUUGACGCAGUUUGGGUCCUGACGCAAGGGGCAAUGGCAAAAAAGUUGAACCUGGCACUUUGUUUGCUGCAAUUCAGUGCGAUGUCAUCCAGCAACGUACUGUGUGAGCCAAUCAGAUAUGUGCACGUGCACAUUGUUCCUAGAUUCAAUUGUAGAGAAAAGGAUUGUUGCUGAUAACUUUCCAGAGUUGAAAAAUCCUGUCAUAUUAUUAUAAACCGCCAUGCAGUGAUUUGGCAUCUGAUAAGCCUUCAAAUUCAUGGAUCUGUUACUCAAACUGUACUUCCUGAAUUGUAUUUCAUCCUCUCACCAGUACCUGAAGCAACACGCUACCAUCAACACAAGCUCUUGCGUUUCUUUUGCUGGGAUCAGACAACACAAUACCCUUGCCCUUGAGAGGCCACUGUGUCACAUUAGGCGAUCAUAGUCAUAAAUUUCUGCCAAAACUUGGCCGAGCUUUCCGUCUUUCAUGACUUGCAUGACUUCCAUAGGUGAUCAGUUAGGAGGUUCCAAAGACCAACUUUGCUGUUCCACCUGAUCAUGGCGAUAUCAUUCCUCUUUCACUUCCCCAUGUUUUUAACCACUAGGUGAAAGAAGGCAAAAAAGAUAUUUUUCUGUUCUUUUUGUUGGGACAUUUCUAGGUGUCCUAAAUGCUGCAUUAGUUGUCUUCCAUUCUACAAGGAAUAAAACUAGCAACUGUCAUUCCCAACCUCCCAUCUGUUGGGUCCGGUUACUCUCCGGCUGAUUUCAUGUAGUCUGAUCCCAGCAUUAGACAUACUGAUCUGUAAUCUGAAAAGGAAGAGUUAUAGUGGACUCAGCUAAAUCUUGUCACUGACAUCAGUGAGAAAAAAGAAUCAUGCCACAUGGGUGCAUCACCUUCACUGUUGGAUGUCAAAACAUUUGGAUGUACCAGGAACAGUCAAAACACACAUUGUUUAGAACACAUUUAGAACUAUUGCAUUAGAAAAAGUUGAUGAAAACUACAAAAUCCUAAAGUCCUAAAUUUUUCAAAAACAAGGUGGUUUUUCCUUUUUCGAGUUAACACGUUUAAUGGGAGAUGGAAACAUCAUAGUAUCCAACAUUUAACUCACAUGACUGAUCAGCGGUUUCAGCUCCGACAGUCUCCUCAUCUUUCCCAUGGCAAUAUUAUACACCCAUGUACACCCAGUUCCACACUAAUCUGAUGGAAACUUCUUCCCAUUAAUUCAUAAAACAGAAAUGUCAAAUUUCCAUCCUAUUUGCUGGAUUGUUUUUCAUCGUUGGAGGUUUUGACUGACAUUCUUUUAAUUACAGAAUCUUGCCAUCUCUUGUGACCUCUUCUUCUGAAUUUUACGACUGGAGAAUUGGUACCACCUACUGCUUAUCUUGAUGAACCAACUCCUAAUAAUUGCAUAACAGUAGUUGAGGGAAAAAAAGCAUUCAUUUGCAUUUCCUUUUGCCCAUUUACUUGAACGUUUGUUCAAAUUUGGAUGGAAAAAGGCUAGUGAUACACUUUAAAACAUUAAACAUUUUAAAUUUAGGCAUGCAGCAGAAGUUCUCAUACAAUAACUUACAAUGAGUGCAAAAUUAAGAUAAAUAAUUAGAUUAGUCAUAUGCAUAGUUAUUUAGUCACAGGUUCAUACGAAAUCUGGAUUUGUUACCCAGGUUUCAGUAAAUUUAUUAUUAAAGCUCCAUUCCCAGAAUUUUUGAAAAUGCAACAUUGACAUAUUAACACCACAGAAAGUUGUUCCAGCUUCAUAUUUAGACAUCCAGCUGACACAGAGCAACAUUAUCAUUUUUUGAGUUGUUUGUGUCCACCUGAUGAAUGUAAGUCCAGUAUUUACUCUCUUUUAGCUCCGGUUUGGUCUCUACCAACUCUUGAGAAAAAUAUUGGGCUCGUUAGCUGCUAAACGUUACACUUUCUUCACCAGCAAAUCGCAAAUUUUAUCCGUCUGCCAUUUGGUGCUGGGCAAGUAGUGCACAGUGUGUUUAUUACAGCUUUUUUGCUAGAAACAAGGUUGAUACAGUGGUACUGUACAGUUUAACAAUUUUCCACAGCAACAACUAGCACAACCAUAAUAUGUAAGGACAUAUUAACACACAUAACUCUGAGUCAGGUUGUGUGUCCACGAGACAUCUUUAACAGCACAGAUAGGGAUGUUGUAUUUAAUACCAGAGAUGUCGCAAUUGAAGAUAGAGGUAGGGCUGUUUGCUGACUUUGUAAAAUGCAACUGUACAGACCUUAGCACUGCAACAAAUCUGAGGUGUUACUGUUAGCUUGUUACUCAGUGAGAUAGUUUUCUCUUUUUUUAAGUGACAAUCCACUUUGUAAAGAUUACUAAUGGUGAUUGUGAACCCAGCACUAUGCAACUUAUCAGGAAGAUUCACUUUCAGCCAGUAUCCUACUGUUUCUGUUUUUUACGUUAUCAUAAUUUCCCUUCCUCAAUUUGUGUGUUUUAAAAAAAGAUCAUGGUUUGAAAAUUGGUGAUAUAUGUUAGAAUAUAGCUUUAUUAUCCCAUAGUGUUAAGAAUCCCCAGGUGGCUCCAUUCACACAGAGGUGUGGGCGUGUAUCCAUGUGUAACUGUCCGCUAACCUCGCAUACUACUGGACCCAAAAAAAAAAAAAAAAAAGUGAACGUGUAGAGGGCCGCAAGUGAUCAACAACUGCUUCAGAUUGGAAUCUUGUUUCUGCUUGGGACAAGUACGUGGUGGUCAGGUUUGUGUUGGCAGAUUCUUUUGUUGUUUUGUUGCUGUCAUCAGUGGUGUUUUUUAAUUGUUCCUGUCCAGAUUUGCACACCAAGGUAAGACACUGUGGACACACAGCCUGCCCUGCACUCCUAGUUCCCCACCCACAUGCACCUGACUGAGUGCAAUCUUCUAGUUUAUAUUUGCUUCUGCUAGAGGGCGUUGGUGAAGUAACAUGGAGAGUCUGAAAAAAUGUUAUCCUGAAGUUCUGGAAGGCAGGUGCAAUUGAUAGUAACUGGAAAAGAUACCUAGUGGACACAGAUCCUAAAAUCUGUCUCGCACCUUGAGACUCAGACAGCACAAAAGUAAAAAUUAUGAUCCUGAUUGCUUCAGAUAUUAUCAGUAUUAUAUGUUGGUGAUUUGGAAGAAAUUAUUAUUUUGUGAUACAUUUCAUAUUAUCAUGUAUAUUUAAUUAAUUAAUUAAUUUGUUUGGGUCAGUGAAAAAAUUCUUAAUCAGUAUUCGUUUAAAAACAAUUGUUUUAUUGUAAAUCCUUAAAUUGCUCUAUAUGAUUACAUAAUUAACUAAAAGGGCCAAGGAUAAAGAGUGCAGACUGUUGCUGAUGGAUUACCGGUAUGAAUCUACAAGGAAGCAAUGAUGACAGGCAAACUCUGGUCUUCUGCAUAAAACCAGAUGUUUGCCCCACACUGAAGCACACUGCUUUCAUGUAGAAAAAGAAGAAUAACCAUACAUAUAAGAAAAUGUUAGUAUUAGUUGAUGUGAUUUAAAGAUGUCCAACAUAACACAGCCUGACCCAAGAGGAACCUUAGAUAAUUAAAACAAAAACAUACUCUCACAGCCAUGAUUUUUUUUUACAUAUUAUAACUGCAAAAAUAAGAAGUAAGAAAAAAAUAAAUUAAAUAAGAAAUUAUUUUGGUUUUGAUCAGGUUUCUUUGUAUUUAAUGGCAAAAUACAACCUGGUCCACAAUUUUCGUAAAUUUGGUGACAGAAAUAAAUGUUGACCCUCUGCCAUUCCACAUGUAUGUGUGCAUUAUUUGUAUACUCAGGUUACUGUGAAUGGGUAAAGUUGUAUGAACUACAUUUAUGGUUCCUUUGGUCUGUGUUUGUGUGUUUACAGAUGCAUUUUUGUGUGUUUUGAUGUAUGUUAAUGUUUUUCAAGUCCAUCAAGUAUUACUGAUUUGAAAUGCUGAAAUGUUAUUACGUGGGAAGUUAUACAUAUUUUUGUAGCUUCAUAAUUUUCAUAAUUUCCUGUUGUGUCCCCAUUAUCCCACACAUUGCAAUCAGGCAUUUGCAUCUGGGCAUUCUCCUCGAAGAAACAUAAAUAUACAGUGUAAACUUUACAGAGGCAAGUGGUCUGGUUGUUUAAGAGACAGACAGUUCUUCAACAAGGUGAGUGUAAUUAUGAUUAUUAUUAGGAUGUUUAAGGAGGCCAGUACAUCAUCCAUGAAGCAGUAGAGGCUCAUUUUAUUGUGCUUUUUUGCAAGGGAAUUACUUUUCUUUUCAAUGUUUUUUUUCAUGUGUUCAUAUUUGCUGCAAAGUGUUAGACAACAAAAAUGAGAGAAACUGGGACUAUUUUUGUAAUCUGCAGCUGAAUUUUAGCUGCGUUUUUGCCUCUUGUUUGUUUUUUAGUCUCUUACAGUUUUAUUCCAACAUGAGAUAUCUAUGACUUGAAGCGUGACAUUUUCAGGACUUUGACAAAAAGAUUGUUGGCAUGAAGGUUAGCUCACUGUUUAAUAAUAGUAGUACAAAUGUUAUUUUUUGACUUGAACACAUCACAAACUUGUUAAAGUCAAUAUGAUGUAACUAUUUCAUUUUUGAAUUCUUUUGUCUAUUUUUGUUAUAUAAAAUAUCAUAAAUUAUAAAUGUUAGGUAAAACCAUUUCCAGAAUGUAUUUUUUGCAUUUCGAAUGACGCUAGCUCCAUCCAUAUCGAUGUCUGUAGAGAUCACUUUAUGAAGAAUAAUAUAAACUAAAACCACAUUUAUUUUAUUCAUACACAAUAUGCUGUAGAUCAACAACAUGUUUUAUUCAUCCAAUACUUGAAAUAAAAUAUAUCUACUCUGUAUUUAUUUAAUCAUUUAGUUAUUAAAAUGAAUGGAAUUAUCAAUUUGACAAAGUGGAUCCUGUCUUGUUUUGAGUGGAUGUUAACUGAUUGUACGAUGCUUUCCCCUUGACCUGUCUGGUUUGGUUUAGGGCUGCAACUACCAAUUAUUUUCAUUGCCAAUCAUUGUUGUUUGGUCUAUGUAAAUGGUGAAAACCCAAAGCGGUGACGUCCUCAAAUGUCUUGUUUUGUCCACAACCCCAAGAUAUUCAGUUUACUUUCAUAGAAGACUAAAGAAAAGAAGCUGAAAUAAAUGAACUUAAAAAUGA